AGGCUUGAUUUGGCGUAAGCUAGUAAAUCGGUUGACAUGUUGGUUUGUUAUAGAGUGGAAUUUGUACAGAGUUUGAUGUUGUAAUGUAGUAGUAUUGCGUAAUAGCUGAAACCCAGUUAGGAAAUCAACUAAGUGACAGUCUGUCAUUUUUUUGGAGGAGAUCUGUUGCUCUUGACUUUUAGUUUGUUCUUGUGCUUGCCCCAGCUUCAUCUGUCUGGACUUGACUCCUGGCUCUGUCUGUCUCAGUCGUGGGAAAGACUGAAAUUACAUCGCUCUCAUGGUGGACUAUAUUGGGCUCUCAGAGAGAGUGGUAGAGGGCAGCAGGCGGCAGGUUGCAGACAGCUCUGUUAGAUCAGGAGUCCCCCAGCAGCAGGCAGGUCUGAAGCUGUCCAGUCCACAGAGCAACACUGCUUCACCGUUACCGUUUAACGGGAGCUAGGAGCAGAAGAAUGUUGUGCGCCACGUCAACAGAUCUGGAGCCUGACGACAAUACGUCGUUCUACAUCCUCAAUGUGGGCCAGCAGUCCGUGGUCAACAACCAGUCUAUGGGUCAGUCUCGCAAUGGCAGCAUGCAGCCUCACUCCCACUCCCACUCCCAAGUCAUCAGCUCCUCCCCGCAUCAGCGCCUGCAGUCCCACAAGGUGUUCGACCCCAACUAUGAGGUCCAGGACAAUGUCAACAAAAACAAAUCCAGCCCUGCAGGUGGGGGUGGGGGGCCUCCCAAAGCCUUUGAGUGUCCUAGCAUCCAGAUCACCUCUAUCUCCCCCAGCUGUCAGCAGGAGAUGGACGCUAACGAGGACAAUCUUAGAGGUAAUGAUGGGGACUACCACCAUGGGGACCGGCCCCUGUCCAGGGACCACCUGUACCUGCCCUUAGACCACUCAUACCGGGACUCAACUCUCAGCCCGUCCCCCUGCAGCUCCCUGUCCUCCAGGAGCUGGUUCUCAGACGCCUCGUCCUGCGAGUCCUUCUCCCACGUGUACGAUGACGUGGACUCUGAGCUGAACGAAGCGGCCGCAAGGUUUACCCUGGGGUCUCCCCGCACCUCCCCUGGCUGCUCCCCUCACCCUGGGGUCCUGGAGGAGGGUCUGUGGGUUGGGCAUCAGCACCACCACCCUGCCUUUCACCACUCCCACUCCCUGUCACCCCGAGUCUCCCCCUGCCACUCCCCACGCACCUCCGUCACCGACGAGAACUGGCUGAGCCCCCGGCCGCCGUCCCGCCCCUCCUCACGCCCCACCUCACCCUGCGGGAAGAGACGCCACUCCAGCGCAGACAUCUGCUACCCAAUGGGCUCCGUGUCCCCACACCACUCCCCGAUCCCCACCCCCGAGCCGUCCCCAAGGGGCAGCGUGACAGAGGACACCUGGAUAGGAAGCCCCUCCAUGGGCAUGUUCCAGUGCUGCCCUUCCGAGGCAGACAUCCCCUCCAAGACUAGGAAGACUUCCCAGGACCGGACAUGCUCCAUGGGGGGGAAGGGAGACCUGGGCCUGGACGACUCUGGGAACGGGUCCCCCCUCAUGGACUCUCCCUCGGAAGACACCUUGCACUCCCUGAAGAAGGACGGACCAGGGGAACAGUUUCUCUCAGUUCCCUCACAUUUCACAUGGAACAAACCCAAACCAGGACACACACCCAUCUUCAGGACCUCUUCCCUACCCCCCCUGGACUGGCCCCUGCCCCACCUGUUUGGCCAGUACGAGCUGAAGGUUGAGGUGCACCCCAAGGCCCACCACCGAGCACACUACGAGACGGAGGGAAGCAGAGGGGCGAUCAAAGCUGCAUCAGGCGGUCAUCCUGUUGUCAAGCUGAUGGGCUACAACGAGAAGCCUGUCAACCUACAGAUGUUCAUCGGCACGGCAGACGACCGCUACCUCAGACCUCACGCCUUCUACCAGGUGCAUCGGAUCACUGGGAAAACGGUGGCCACCGCCAGCCAGGAGAUCAUCAUUUCCAGCACCAAAGUUCUCGAGAUUCCUCUGCUUCCCGAAAACAAUAUGUCUGCCAGCUCCCCUCCCUAUCUCUCUUGCAGUAUUGACUGUGCUGGCAUCCUGAAGCUGCGCAACUCAGACAUUGAGCUGCGGAAGGGGGAGACUGAUAUCGGGCGGAAGAAUACACGUGUGCGAGUGGUGUUUCGUGUUCACAUUCCCCAGCCCAAUGGGAAGGUUCUCUCUCUACAGGCUGCAUCCAUCCCUGUGGAGUGUUCCCAGCGUUCGGCCCAGGAGCUUCCCCAGGUAGAGAAGGCCAGUCUGACCGGCUGUCUGGUCAGCGGGGGAGAGGAGAUGGUCAUCACAGGAUCCAACUUCUUCCCCGAAUCAAAGGUCAUAUUCCUGGAGAAGGGCCCUGAUGGACGACCCCAGUGGGAAGUGGAGGCGAAAAUCAUCCGUGAGAAAAGUCAAGGAUCGAGCGUCGUAGUGGAGGUCCCUCCCUACCACAGUAAGACCGUGACCUCGGCUGUUCAGGUGCAGUUCUACGUGUGUAACGGCAAACGGAAAAGGAGCCAAUCACAACGCUUCACUUACCUGUCAGUCCUGGUGAAGCAAGAGCACAACAGAGAAGAGAUGGAAGGGCCCCCUGCUGUGCCCCCCAUGCCUGGUAUGUCCAUGCCCCUGGCCCAUGCUGCCAGCCUGGUCCACAGUACCCACACCCAGCUGCCUUCCCCUGAGCAGGGCCACCCACCGGACGGCCUUCUGUCCAGCUCUCCCCGGGGCCUGGCUGCGGGCCCCGGCUCCAGCCUCCAUACUCUGCAGCCUGCCUGCCCCCUCAUGGGCUCCCCCUCCUUCCAGCACCUGCCUCACCUCCAGGGCCGAGGCCUCCACACGCCUGCUGACUGCCACAUGACGUUCCAUCCGGGCCCAGCCCCUCCCAACAGGCCCUCCUACCAACACCAUCCUAUGCAGCAGAGUCACACCCACCCCGGCCACCUAAACAACCUACAUCCCAAUCUGCCCUACAAUGGCCAGCCCAGCCUUUCCAUGAACAUGAACACUGGGGCUCCGCAGAGCUAUGAGAGGAUGCCUUACCACCAGCAGCAGCAGUCUGACCCCGGGGCCUCCCACCCCCACCCCAUGGGGCUGGGUAUGGUGUACCACUCCUCCCCAUCCACCUCCUCCCAGCAGGCCUCCAGCCCCCACAGCCCCAUCUCCACGGCCCCCCACAGCCAGCCCAUGACCCACUCCUCUCACUCUGCCCCUCACCUGCUCUCCAUGGGCUACCACUGCCCCCCCAACCCCAGCCAGGUGCCCUCGCCCACCCGCCCCAACCACCCCAUGGGCCAGCCCUCACCCACCCUCACCAACCAUCCGAUACAGCCCUCCCCCCAGCUGCAGAGAGCUAUGGGGGGCUACCACCCCACCAGCCAGAGGUCUGCCUCCUGUCCCACUACCUCCAGUGCCCCUCCAGCCCACAUGGUUCCCUCGCCCCAUUCUGGGCCAUCCUCCCCCCAGCUCCACUCCCUGCCCUACCAGUCGCCCACCUCCCCCACCGGCAGCCCUCUGUGCCCCCCAGCACACAGUCCCCAGGCCAGCAGCCCUGUCAUGUCCAGCCUGUCCCCAGGCUCGUGCAGCGGCAACUCCGUGCAGCAGCACCCCCUUGCCCCCCAGCAGAACCCCUUCCCUAUGGAGGGGGAGAGUGUGAACAUCAAGCAGGAGCCGGAGGAGAGAGAGCCCACCUUCAGAACCAUCGGCCUACAGGACAUCACACUGGACGACGUGAAUGAGAUCAUCGGCAGAGACAUGUCCCAGUCCCCUGGUGGCGGUGCCCAGUCGUAGCGCUGUCCGUGGCCAGGCCUCCACACACCCAGCUGGGCAUAGCAGUGUCCUCACCAGCCCCAACACCACCACCUCCACCACAGGACUUUACCUGCCUCUAGGCAGGACAGACUGGGCUGAGAUUCCCCUUUACACUUCAUGGACCUACCAGUCCACAAAAAGACCCUCCAGAUACACAUUAACAAACCUUUCAUAUACCCAUAUGGCAGCAAAAGAGCUCAGAUUCACCCACCUACACAUGUAUACAUCAGAUUAUAAACAGGAGAACACUGUGGUGACAAACUAGGAUUAUUGGGGUCAGUGAGUGGCAGAAAGACGAGGAACAUGUUCUCUGUUCAGUUGACUUCAAGUUCAUUUUUAGCAUUAGUUCUCUGUCCUGGGCUCAGAUCCCCAGAGGUGAUCACUGGUUUAGAUAGUGAUCACCUCCUAAACGGUUUCUAUGCAGCUAAACUCUCUGUUCAGGGUGUUUGGUUGGAGUAUGUAAUAUACCCUCUCAAGUCACAAUGUUGCCCCAACAGUGUAGUGCUCAGUGAGGAACAAUAGGACCCCUCAGUAGGAAUAAAGAAGGGUUGAAUACUGUACUCAUGAUUUUCUCACCAGCAUAGACCUCGACGGUACAUACACCCCGGUUGGUUGAGCACCCCCUGGGAGUGUAGAGGUAGUACUGCAGCCCCACUGCGACACCCCCAUCACCCUUGUCCUUCUUUGUCUCUGGGUGCCUGGGAGCCCCUUCUCUUCUUCUCUGGUGCUGGACUGGGAUCUGUAAUAUGCAACAUUCCACACUUCUAGUGACCUUCCAGCCAUGUAGAUAUAGUGCCUUCAGAAAGUGUUCACACCCCUUGACUUCUUCCACAUUUUGUUGUGGUACAGCCUGAAUUUCAAAUAUAUUAAAUGUAGACGUUUUUGUCGCGGGCCUACACGCAAUACCCAAUAAUGUCAAAGUGGACUUGUGUUUUCAGAAUUCAUAAAAAAUAAAAAGCUGAAAUGUCUUGAGUGAAUAAGUAUUCAACCCCUUUGUUAGUACAAGCCUAAAUAAGUUCAGGAGUAAAAAUUAGCUUAACAAGUCACAUAAGUUGCAUGGACUCUCUGUGUGCAAUAAUAGUGUUCAACAUGAUUUUUGAAUGACUAUCUCAUCAAUGAACCCCACCCAUAAAAUUAUCUGUCAAGCAGUGAAUUUCAAACACAGAUUCAACCACAAAGACCAGGGAGUUUUUCCAAUGCCUCGCAAAGAAGGGCACCUAUUGGUAGAUAGGUUAAAAAAAGCAGAUAUUGAGCAUAUCUCUUUGAGCAUGGAGAAGUUAUUAAUUACACUUUGAAUGGUGUAUCAAUACACCCAGUCACUACAAAGAUACAGGCAUCCUCCCUAACUCAGUUGCUUGAGAGGAAGGAAACCACUCAGGGAUUUGACCAUGAGGCCAAUGGUCUCUUUAAAACAGAGUUUAAUGGCUGUGAUGGGAGAAAACAGGAUGAAUCAACAACAUUGUAGUUAUUCCACAAUACUAACCUAAUGGACAGAGUGAGAAGAGGGAAGCCUGUACAGAAUACAAAUAUUCCAAAACAUGCAUCCUGUUGCAACAAGGUACUAAAGUAAUACACAAAAACAUUUGGCAAAGCAAUGAACUUUUUGUUCUGAGUACAAAGUGUUAUGUACUCUCCAUAUGUUCAAGCAUAGUGAUGGCUGCAUCAUGUUAUGUGUAUGCUUGUAAUCGAUAAGGACUGGAGAUUUUUUUUAAAUUAAAUAAUAAGCAGAAUGGAGCACAGGCAAAAUUCUAGAGGGAAAUCGGGUUCAUUCUGCUUUCCACCAGACACUGGGAGGUGAAUUCACUUUUCAGCAGGACAAUAACUUAAAACACAAGGCCUAAUCUACACUGAAGUUGCUUACCAAGAAGACAGUGGAUGUUCCUGAGUGGCCAUAUUACAAUUUUGACUUGAAUCUGCUUGAAAAUCUAUGGCAAGACCUGAAAAUGGUUGUCUACCUAUGAUCAACAUCCAAUUUGACAGAGCUUGAAGAAUUGAAUGGGCAAAUGUUUCACAAUCCAGGUGUGCAAAGCUCUUAGAGACUUACCCAGAAAGACUCACAGGUCUAAUCACUGCUUAAGGUGAUUAUUGACUCCGGGGUGGGAAUACUUAUGUAAAUUAGAUUUCUCUAUUUCAUUUUCAAUUAAUUAGCAAACAUUUAUAAAAAACAUGUUUUUACUGUCAUUAUGGGUUAUUGUGUGUAGAUGGUUGAGUUGUAAAAAAAAUAUAUUUAAUCAAUUCUAUAUUCAGGCUGUACCACAACAAAAGGUGGAAUAAGUCAAAGGGUAUGAAUACCUUCUGAAGACCCUGUAUCUGUAUAUUAUUACUACUCUCCUCCUGACUCCCCAAUCCUCCUCUUCAGGUUGAACAAAUGCCUUAUAAACCUUGUUAAAUAGCAGCUUUGAAUGAUAGGAUGAUAAACACUUGUUGUUUGUUUGUACAGUUGACUCUUCAUGCAGAGUAUGACUUAGAUUUUUAUAGAAAUUAGAUGGAUUUCUGAUUUUGUGAUAUGGAGACACUUGACUUUCGAUGAAUAUGUUUUAUGCGAUGGAUAGAUGAACACUGGUUUUCUCCAGACCGAGGUAGCCCGUUAAGACAAGUAAAUAUAUAUUUGUAACUGUAAGUAGACUUGUUGGAGUUUAAUUAAAGGUGGUGUUUGAAUUAUCCACAGAGCAAGACAGACCUGUGUUCCUCUGAACUCUGUCAUGCAAUAACUAAAGAGUGUCUGAAAUGUCACCUCAUUCCCUGUAGAGUGCACUACUUUUGGCCAGCAUACUGGUCAAAAGUAGUGCACUAUACAGGGAAUCGGGUGUAAGUGUGAAUGCAUACUAACUGUCUUGAUGCCCUGGGCCCAGUUUUUCUAAACGUUUAAUCUGGAUAAGAAUGAUCCGGAUUCCGUAAUGCUUUUUUGCAAUUAGGAUCAGAUUGAUCUGGCUGUUUUUGGGCCAGUUUUUCAGAAAAUAAUCGGACAGGAUCAUUCUGAUCCACAACAUGAAGAUCACAGAAUCCAGAUUGUCAGUGCUUUCAACAGGCCUACACCUUUCCAUCUAGUGGACAGGUUAUGGUACUACCACACUGUCAUAGGGAAACAGAGAUGAGUAAACCACAUGAAUAAAGGUAACUAUAUGACAAAUAAUAGAGCCUGCAUAUCACCUAUAAGUAAGUACACUUCUCAAUAUAACAACUGACCACACACUUAAUACUGCUGUCAAUUUAACAUAAUGAACCUUUCCUUUUCAGAUGUAAGAAUGUUUUUAGUUACAUUGAAAUGUAUUGGUUGUGGUGCUUUUCACUUUCUAAAUCCACCCUGAAUACAACCCUUCCAGUGGGAUCAAGAUAAUCCACAUUUUAGGCAUCAAAACUAUCAUCUUCACUACCUUUUAGGAGUAAAACAAAUAUGCAAAAACUACAUUUAAUCCCGAUUUAAUGGUCAGAUUGAAUUACCAAAUCUGGAGGAUCAGAAUAAUUUUGUUUUAUUUUGAAAAACCCAAUUCUAUCGUGUCAUUUUAUCCGAUUGCAGAAAUCCAAUCAGAUAACUUUUGAAAAACUGGGCCCAGAGACUCUGCCUUCCACUUUGUAACAACCAUACCUUCUGAGGGUAAAGCAGCUUCAAUCCACAUACUAUUGGAAAUAAUAUAACACAUUGAAAACUGUUGAUAAAAGUAUUUUAUACAUAGUAAUUUAUAUAUAUUGUAUUUAUGUAUACCCCCCUCCACCACCCCUGAUGAACAAGGUUAAGUUUGUUUUUUAAAAACGAUUUCCAUUUUUGUAUGUUGUUGGUUCUUCCAGGCCCCCUGUGUGUUGUACAUCAAGACAAUCAUGACAAAUUAUCAUUUUCUCUUCAGGAUGGUACCUUAACAAAAAUAUAUAUUUGUCAAUCUUCCUCCUUGGGGAGACAUACAGACUGCAAAUGUAUGGAAUAUUGAUAGCAAUAAUAAAAAGAUUUUCAGUUUGCCUGAGAAUUACAACAACAAAAAGUCCAAAGAAAAUGACAAAGCUGAGUGUUAAAAAGCAACAUAUUCCAGUCCAACAUCAUCAUAAGGAUGUUUACAGAAUGUGAUUCUGAAUGCUGGAUAGAUGUAUGUAUGUAUGCCAUACAUUACGUAGUCAUGCUGUAAUAUAACAUGUUGAUUGGUCUGGGUAGGAACAACUCCUAUUGCCUUAACAUGUUCUCUGUGAUUGGACAAUGAUAUAUGUAUAUUCUUGCAUGUACAUUUUUUUUCUCUGAGAGGAUGUUGCUAAUGACAACUGUCCAAGUCCAGUGAGAAAUAGAAAAUAAUUCUGCUAUACACAAAAAAACCUGCCUGAUGCCUUUAAAAAACGUUUAAAAAAUGUUAAAACAAGAACCUUGAUGCCUAUAGUUGUAGAUGCAGCAGAGAUGCUUGGUUCUGUUAUUUCAAGGCUCCGUUUACACAGGUAGUCCAAUUCUGAUCUUUUUCUCACUAAUCAGAUCAGCUCUGAUAAAGUUCUGUGAUUGGUCUAAGAACCAAUUAGUGGCCAAAUAUCAGAAUUGGGCUGCCUGUAUAAACGCAGCCUUCUAGAGUAUCAGCACAAUACUUAUUAGUCCUGCAUACCAGAGGGCCAGUCAGUGAAUCUGCCUUGUAAAGGACACAGUGCAAGCGUCUUAGUAGAUUAUAUUAAGUGUGUGUGUGUGUGUGUGUGUGUGUGUGUGGAUGUGUGCAUUUGUACCCAAUAAACUGUAGAUAAGUGUUUUUUUAUUUACAAUGAAUUUCAGUUCUGUACAAUACAAGCACACAUAUGUAUUAGGCCACUAUGCAAACCAUGACGAAAGCAUCAUGACAACGUGAUAUUUGGCAUCAAGUACAAAAUAACUGGUUUGUUUAUAAUAAUCUCUCGUGGCUUUAGUUUUAUGUGUAAAACAUUUUCAAAUAGUGAGGAGAGAAUGUCACUAUUUGUUUAUUUAAACUAUAGGAAGGCCUUAACUCAUGUGUUGAAUAUGAAUUACUGGUUUGUUGUCUAUAUGCUCUUCUGGGUUGAUAAUUUACUUGAGAAUAUACAUUUUGGACAGCAGGACGUUAGUUACAAGAGGAAGGGCUGGCUCUGGUGCUGCUUGUGAGACUGUUACCUGAUUCACAGUAUAGAGCUGAUCAGAACCGUACUGUGCUGGCUUGGAUGAUUCAUUUUCACAUGGUCCUUUCCAGCACAGUUCCAGCACUAUGUAGAUGCGUAAACAUACUGAGCUAUACUGGGGCAACCCAGUUUAGCUCGGCUUGGCUCUAUAGUGUGAAUGAGGCAUAUGAGUCCAGAAACAAGAGCAGCAUUAAAUUCAGUAACCGUUCGCUCUCUGCCAUCCUCGUCUGUAAAACCAAAGAUAAACAAUAUGUUCCCAUUUUACAUACCGGUAAAAAGCAACACAGACUGACAUUAGAACUCUAUUUUUGAUACUUUGAAAUGGAUGUCAUUCCUAACGGUUGGGUACAUAUAUCUAUAAAUAUAUGUUUUGUAAAAGAAAAGGGAAAUACAGGUUUUAGCUGAUGUUUACAGGAACCUUGUAUUGUCAUUUCAUGUACAUUUUGUAUUUUAAAACCAUUUUGUAAUUUAAGACUGCAGUGCUUUUUGAAUGUAUUCAAAGGGAAUACCUUGCAUUUAGGCUCUUACAGUAGUGUCUCAAUAAAAAUACAAAUGUCAAACUUUG